AUUUUGUCUAGAAACAACGGUGCGAAUGUUGGAAGCAUGGAAGCAAAGCAAAGGCCGAGAAUGGCGGCAACCCAAUACUUAUAAUUGUAUAAACCCACUUCAGCCCCACACCCCAUUCUCAUCCUGAGAAAAGAUAAAAGAGAGACAAAGGCAAGGUGGUGUGGGAGAUUUUUGUGGUAAGGUGGUGGGUGUUUUUGUCUUGAAAAAUCCCAUAUAAGGAUAGGUUUUAAGGGGGUGGUGGAAAGGUGGGUUUGCCAUAUAGGGAAAGUGGGUUUAUGAGGGGGAGAAGGAGUGGCGGGUUUGGCGUUUGAGUCAAGGCAUGAGUGGUAGUGGUGGUGGGGGGUUGGGUUUGACACUGCAACAACGUGGGACUGAAUCUUUCCUUUUUCCUUGUAGUAGGAUGAUGAUGAUGGUUCGUCAUAAUCAUGACCGUGCAUUUGAGGGUGGUGGUGGUGGAGGUGGAGGUGGAGGUGGAGGUGGAGGUGGUGGUGAUGGGCAUGGACCCACCGGGAGUGGCGGAGCAGAGGAGGUGGUCAGGUGUAUGAGUGAUAUAUACGAUGUUGCUGGUGGUUCUGGUAGCGGUGGAGCAGUAGGUGUAAGGACUUCCCUGCAGCCUUUUGACAUUUCUUCUGCUACCACUACUACUCCUACUCACACCUCCUUCAAAUCCCCAGCAGGAGCAGGAGCAGGUGCAGGAGGGAUGGCGGCAUCUUUGGGCUUCCCUUUUACAAGUGCUCAGUGGAAGGAGCUUGAGAGACAAGCUAUGAUUUACAAGUACAUGAUGGCCUCUGUUCCUGUUCCUCCUGAACUCCUCAUGCCCAUUACCAGAAAUUUCUCUGAGUCUGCUGCUUCCCCCCACUCUACCUUGGGGAGGGGUUCUAUCUUCAACCUCCGUUUCUCUAAUGGCGCAGAUCCAGAGCCAGGGAGAUGCCGAAGAACAGAUGGGAAGAAAUGGCGGUGCUCGAGAGAUGUGGCACUCAAUCAGAAGUACUGUGAACGGCACAUGCACAGAGGCCGACCCCGUUCAAGAAAGCCUGUGGAAGUUCAUGCCGACGUCAACAGUAGCCACAAGAAGACCCGCCAUUGCCAUGCUCUUCCUGCAACUCCUGCAACUCUUUCUAACCCCAUGCUAACCAACACUUCUUGUUCUCAAUCGCAGUAUCUUGGAUCUGCCUUUGACCCACACCAUCAAAGCCCUGUUUUUCUCUAUAAAUCUGAUUCUAAAGCUUCUCCCUUUCCGCCUCUUGUCUCUGUUCCAUCAUUCAAGGAAACUAGGAGCUUGGAGUGGAUGGCUAAAGGAGAAGCAGCUCCCAUGGCUACAAGUGAUCAACAGUGGCAGCAGUUGAUGCAGACCAAAAUAGGAUUGACAAUAGAGAGCUCCAGCUCCAUUUGUAAUUCUAAUGCCUCAGUUUUUAACCAGCAGUACCAAGAAGAGCCCAUAAAUUUGAACUCAUAUACAGAUUUCAGUGCCGGAGCAGAUAAUCCAGGGAGGGAUUCAAUCAAUAUGUUCCUCAACCCAGGUGUUAUCUCCUUACAAAAGCCCCAGACUGAAACCCCAAGAGCUUUCAUUGAUGCCUGGUCGAGUGCUGUCACUGAAAACCCUGCAAAUACGUGCAACAAGAGCUCUGUUUCUUCCAAUGGGAAGCUCCCAUUGUCUUCCCUCACUCUCUCAAUGGGCGGUGACAAUGGAAUUGAGGACGAAAUGGGUCGUACUGAGAUGGGUUUGAGGAUAGUCGAUUCCGGAGGAGGCGGCGGUGAAAAGCCUCAGCUCUCAACCUGGCUGACCCCUGCUUCUUGGGCAGGGUUGGCACCAGGUGGGCCAUUAGCAGAAGUGCUGCGACCGAGCUCGGUUGCAGCAGCCUCAAAUCCAGCAUCUCCCCAUGGUGGCAAUGGUGAUUCUAUUAGCCUAUCUGAGACUGCAGCCUCAUCCCCAUCUGGGGUUCUCCAGAAACCAGUGGUAUCCCCAUCUGAUAGCAGUGGUAACAGCAGCCCAACACUCACUGCUUCACCAGCCAAACCAGAGAUCACUUUCCCAUGGCUGAAUCAGAGCAAGGUAGCAUCUGCUGAGUGAGUUGCCUUUUUUGUUAAUGUUUGUUGCUUUACUGGUUGGUUUGUUUGUAUAAGAUAAGAUAUUUGCUUUUAGCUGUAUUGAGCUGUGACAUGUGAACUGGUUUGAAGAAGAUAAAAAGAGUUUUUGUCUUUAAUUAUACUUCAUCCCUUUCCAUGGA